CGAGGCAGCCGGUGUAGCGUCAUUCAGUCAAGCCCUUCGAGUGAUCAGCUUAACAGACCUGCGGUGAGGAAGAACUCUGUAGUCAUGUCGAAGAUCAGUGAAGACGAAAUGUCUGAGUUCAGAGAUGCUUUCACUUUUUUUGAUCGCAUCGGAGAUGGCAAAAUUGAUUCCGAUCAGGUUGAGGAUGUGCUUCGAGCCAUGGGGUUGAAUCCACUAGGAACCGAUCUGAAGCAAGUCCGAGAAGACUUCAAGGAUAAAAGAGUGGAAUUUGAGGAAUGGCUUGGAGUCUAUACUCAGUUCAAAAGCAAACCAGAGCCAGUCAGAGAGGAUUUCAUUGAAGGAUUCAAAUGCUAUGAUCGCGAUGGUACAGGCACAAUUGAUGGUGCAUCGCUGAGGGGUCUACUAUGCCUGCGUGGAGACAGCAGAUUGACUGAUGACGAGGCAAACGAGUUACUCGCCCCGGUGGAAGAUACACAGAAAGGUGUGAUUAAUUACGAAGAAAUCAUCAAAUUGGUAAUGUCCAAGCCAGAGAAAGUAUAAUGAGAGGUGAAAGUGAAUAGGACUUUGCUGUAUUCAUUUCUUUUCAAGAGUGCUUAAGGUUUAAAAACUUUGACAGACCUAGGAAGGAUGUUAUUUUCUAACAUUUAAUUAAAAUUAAUGUUUUCUUUGCAUUUUUUGGCUGAUAAAUGUUUAUAAUUGUAGCUUUAAAAGAAAAGGCGGUAAUCUUUGGACCGACAGUCUACGAAACACGGAUAUGUUUGCACGCUCUUAACAUUAUUUCUAAGCAUCUCCUAAUUUGGAAACUACGGUAUAAUUCUUUCCAAAUGAGCUCUUUACCGAGGUAGUAUUAGUGGAAAUAAAUAUUUUUUUUAAAAGCGACUUUACUUUCACUGUAUUCCUUUACUUUAAGAAUCAGUUGUGUAGCAUUUAAUGUAAUUUUAACAGUCUCGAUUACAGCGAACAAUGACCGGCUUUCAGUAGCUGGGUGUGACUGAACAGUAUUCUUAUCACAAGCAUUGAAUGUUUCGAAACUAAAGUAAACUGCUUUGUUGCACUCUGA